AUGGAUGAUAAGAACAAUCAAGAAUAUGAUGAUGUCAAAGCAGUGGUCUUUACAAAGAACUUGAUACCAAAUGUCCAAGGCCACAUUCUGUAUCAUGUAUUCUAUGAUAGAGACCCCAAGAAACCAUUCAAUAUGCUUCACACUUUUGGAUGUCUUGCCUGGGUACAUGUGCCUAAGAUGAAAAGAAAGAAACUUGAUGACCCAGCUAUACCUGCCAUCUUCAUCAGAUAUGAUGAGGAACAUAAGGGGUGGAAGUUCAUAUCCCCAAAGCACAACCCAACAGUUUUUUGGUCUAAUGCAGCUAAAUUCCUGGAAAGCAAGUCAUGGGAGGAAUGUACAGAAGUGAUACCAAGUCUAGACAUGGACUCCAAGUAUCAUAUGGGAGAUAUUGAGGAUAUGGGUUAUACUGAGCAAGACAUCCAUGAUGAGGAGCAAUGGGGACCAAUCAAAGAUAUACAUCAAUUGAAAAAUGAAAGUGAUCAAACAAAUCUGAGAGAUCAGCACAUGCUGGUAACAACUGCAGAACCAAUGGAAAUGAGGAACAAUGACAUCAUUAGCAAAAUCAACCAAGUGCAUCCCUGGGUCCAACUGAUGACAGUUGCAGUGGCCCUGAAGACACAAUCGCAAUUACCUUCACCAGGUGAACUGUACCAUUUCCAACAGAAACUUUGGCAUCAAGGAAAGAUAUCAGGAUCGCCACACAUUGCACACCACAUGACAAGUGAAAACAUGGCCAGUGUCACAAACCUAAAACCAACAGUGAAAGAGGCACUUGCUGGACCAAAUCAAUCUCAUUGGCAUGAAGCAAUCCAUGCCAAACUGGAAGGCCUUGAAAGCAUGAACAUAUGGGAAGUUGUUGAUAUGCCAUUGAAAGCACACCUCAUCAAUUCAAAACUAGUACUCAAUGUCAAAACAGAUGUGAAUGGGAGGAAGGGUUUGGACUACAUGGAGAUCUUUGUGCCAGUAGUACCCAGAGAUGUGAUUUGGACAGUACUUGUAAUAGCAGCUAAACUAGAUUGGGAAUUGGACUCCAUAGAUGUAAAGCAGGCAUACAUCAAUGCAAGAUUUGAACACAAUAUUUACCUUAAACCACCUGAAGGUACAAAUGCCCGCCCUGGAAAGGUGUAUAAGCUGCUUAAGAGCCUCUAUGGCCUCAAGCAAUCUGGACAAGAGUGGUACAAGGAAAUGGAUUCUCAUCUGCGACACAUGGGAUUCUUUCCAGUCUGGGGAGUACCAUGCAUAUAUUCUAAGGGAGCAGGACAGGAACAGGUUAUCAUUGUCAUGUACAUAGACGAUAUGCUCAUUAUGGCUCUGCAUAGAUCACAGGUAGAUGAAGUGAAACAAGCAAUCCUCAAUAAAUGGAAGAUCAAGGACAAUGGACCAGUGACAGAAUUCUUGAAGAUCAAGAUCACAAGGGACCAGGCAAAACACACUAUGGACCUGGAUCAAAGAGCAUAUAUCAAGGAAAUCAUCAAGGAAUGGAUCAAACCUGAUGAAAAGACCUGGAUACCAAUGAGAACCACUCCCACAAAAGCAACCAAUGGCCUCACAAACAGUGGCAAACUAAAGGAGACCUACCCCACACUCAUUGGAAAGCUACUCUGGGUACCAAAUACUGUCCACCCAGACAUCAGCUACAUGACUCAAGACAAUGUAUUGUGCAUUGGCAGAGCAGACACUACCAGAAACAUCAUAGAAGCCUAUACAGACAUGAACUGGGCUUCUGACCCUAAUGUUGAUAGGAAAAGCACCUCAGGUUUGAUCAUAAAAGUCUUUGGCAGCAUUGUCACCUGGAACUCUCAUAUCCAGAAGUGCAUAGCCAGCUCAGCAGUUGAGGCUGAAUACAUUGCUGGAUCAGCUGCCACUAGAGAGGCUCUAUUCCAUAGGCACCUCCUCUGUGGACUUGGUUUUGGCAAUCACAUUCCUGUCAUCCUUAUGGAUAACACCAGAUGUAUUCAGGUGGCAAAGGACCAGGCCAUGCAUUCAAAACUCAAGCAUGUUGAUACUAAAUACCAUCUCAUCUGA